AUGAAUAUGUAAUGCACACUUAACAAAGAGAUUCUCCGUUGCGAGACACCUUCGACAGAUGAAACAAAUUAUGAUAUCAUUGAAUAAUAAUGCUAUUUGACAUAAAUAAUUGAAUUAAUAUUUGUGGAGAACUAUACAUACAAAGAAUUGUAGAAAUACUUUACUUAUACAUUCUAAUAAAUAGAAUAAUAUGAUUUCUUUUUUGACUAAGUUUACAAAUCUGUAAGGAUAUACAUGGAAGUAAGAUAUGAUUCUUAUACUAGAAAAUUCUUCAACAUAUUAAGUAAUUUUCUUAAAUUACAAAACCUAUUGAUAUCAAACAUCUAAAAGAUUAUUGCACAAUAAUUAAGGAGUUAGAAAAAUCUUAUAAGGUAACUUAGUUAAAGCAUAAAGAACUACAAGAAGUAGUAAAAUCAUUUUCAAACAAAGAAAAAAUUUCUUAAUCAGUUCAUUGCUUAAGAUUGAUGAAAUACUCUUUUAUAAAUAUAGUAUUGAGAAACAAAGAAGUAAAUGUAAGAAUCUGAUGUAAAAUAUAGGACUUUUUGAACUCAAUUAAGAAAAUAUUAGAUAAAUGUUUCUAUUCAUAAACCUAAAAAUAUUCUAAAACUAAGGAACGAUUAUAGUUAUUUAUAUCACUUUCAAAUGAAAAAUAAUAGGAUUGUCUAAGCUAUUAUGAUGAUAAAAAAAAGUGGAGAGCAUCAUCUAUAAUAAAUAACUCUAAUAAUAAUAAUUAUAAUGAAAAUACAUCUAUAAUUGUUCAAGAUAAUAAUGCAAUACGAAAGAAAGUAUAAUAAGAAAGUAAUGGGAAACUUAAUGAAUAUAAAAAAUUUGAAUAAAACCUAGAAGAGUACUUUUAGGCAAAAGUAAAUAUAGAAAAAAAGGAAAUAAAUGUAUCUUAAGAGUGGAUAAAUAGAUUAAAACAAAAAACCAAAAAAAAAUGA